GUCCUGUCCACAGUGCAGUGAUGUCUUCACAAGUGGCAGUGAACCAAGGAUAUAAUUCCCAGCUUCCAGGAUCCUACCCUCAUCUGAUACCAGCAAAGACUUUGAAUCCAGCCUCUGGACAGUCUCACUAUGGUGGUUCUCAGGGACCUGGGCAAACUCUUCAUAGACCACCUGUGGCUGCUAAUCCAGUAGCACCCUCACUCCAUAGUGGUCCUGUUCCCCGAACGCUGGUUCCUGCAUCUCAGAGUCCAGCUGCUACACCAAGGCCUUCUGGUGGCUUUCUUCCUGGAGCCAGUCCGCUGCCACCUGUGAAUUGGCAGCAUAGCUAUCCGUCCAUGGGAUCACAGAUGAACCAGUAUCCUCCUGCACCGUCCCAGCCACCUGUACCUGGGAAUACACAUUUAUCAACAAAUCACCAGUAUGUUUCUUCCGGAGACCCUUCGUUCUGCCCUUCCCUUACGGAAUCCACCUCAGCCUACCACUUUUCAACCAGGAGCUCCUCCUGGGCCUCCUCCAACCAGGGUCCCACCUCUGGAGGGGGGCCUGCCUCCUGUAAGGGCCCUUCUACCCCCGAAAGCACCACUCAGAACUGCACCCCAGCCUUCAUUCAAUUCGGUUGUCAACCAAGAAGGUAUUACAUCAAAUACCAACAAUGGAUCUAUGAUGGCACGUAGUAGUUACGAUGAAAUUGAAGGAGGUGGCUUCUUGGCAACACCACAGCUUGCUACUAAGAAUCCCCAAAUGAGCCGAAGUGUUGGAUAUGCAUAUCCCUCCUUACCACCUGGUUAUCAGAACACAGCACCAGCUAGCAGUGCAACUGGAAUGCCACCUUCUUCCUUCAAUUACCCAAGUGGCCCCCAGGCCUUUCCUCAGACUCCCUUAGGUGCUAAUCAUUUAACUGCAAGCAUGAGUGGAUUAAGUCUGCAUCCAGAGGGCCUGCGCGUUGUCAAUCUUCUUCAAGAAAGAAAGAUGCUUCCCUCAACACCUUUGCAGCCUCCAGUUCCAAAUUUGCAUGAAGAUAUCCAGAAACUCAACUGUAACCCAGAGUUAUUUCGAUGCACACUGACUAGCAUUCCUCAGACUCAGGCCUUACUGAACAAAGCCAAACUUCCUCUGGGGCUGUUGCUUCAUCCUUUCAAAGAUCUAGUGCAGUUGCCUGUGGUUACCUCCAGUACAAUUGUGAGAUGCCGCUCAUGCAGGACGUACAUCAACCCUUUUGUCAGCUUUCUUGAUCAAAGGAGAUGGAAGUGUAACUUAUGUUACCGAAUCAAUGACGUUCCUGAAGAAUUCAUGUACAACCCUUUGACCAGAGUUUAUGGAGAACCUCACAGAAGACCUGAAGUUCAAAAUGCUACUAUUGAAUUUAUGGCUCCUUCAGAAUACAUGUUACGACCACCACAACCUCCAGUGUACCUCUUUGUAUUUGAUGUAUCUCAUAAUGCAGUUGAAACUGGAUACUUGAAUUCAGUUUGCCAGAGUUUGUUAGACAAUCUGGAUUUGCUUCCUGGCAACACGAGAACAAAAAUUGGCUUCAUAACAUUUGAUAGUACAAUUCAUUUCUAUAGUCUUCAAGAAGGUCUUUCUCAACCUCAGAUGCUAAUAAUUUCAGAUAUUGAUGAUGUUUUUAUACCUAUGCCAGAAAACUUACUGGUAAAUUUAAAUGAAAGUAAAGAGCUUGUCCAAGGUUUACUGAAAACUUUGCCGCAGAUGUUUACCAAGUCUCUGGAGACCCAGAGUGCCUUGGGUCCUGCACUUCAGGCUGCCUUUAAGCUGAUGUCCCCAACUGGUGGUCGAAUGUCUGUCUUUCAAACACAGCUCCCAACUCUCGGAGUGGGAGCCCUGAAACCACGAGAGGAGCCCAACCAAAGGUCAUCUGCUAAGGAAAUACACCUGACACCGUCCACUGACUUCUAUAAGAAAUUAGCCUUGGACUGUUCUGGUCAGCAGGUAGCUGUUGACUUAUUUCUUCUCAGUGGACAGUAUUCUGAUUUGGCUUCACUAGGAUGUAUUUCUCGGUACUCAGCAGGCAGUGUCUACUACUAUCCAUCUUACCAUCAUCAGCACAACCCCGUCCAGGUGCAGAAGCUGCAGAAGGAGCUGCAGAGGUACCUCACUCGGAAGAUUGGCUUUGAGGCCGUCAUGAGGAUUCGGUGUACCAAAGGUCUUUCCAUUCAUACUUUCCAUGGGAAUUUCUUUGUUCGGUCAACAGACUUAUUAUCUCUGCCCAACGUCAACCCAGAUGCUGGGUAUGCAGUACAGAUGUCAGUGGAAGAGAGUCUCACUGAUACUCAGUUGGUUUCUUUUCAGUCAGCACUCUUGUAUACAUCAAGCAAAGGUGAAAGAAGAAUUCGGGUCCAUACUUUGUGUUUGCCAGUGGUUGCAACUCUGAAUGAAGUCUUUCUUGGAGCGGAUGUUCAAGCAAUUUCAGGGUUAUUGGCCAAUAUGGCGGUGGACCGGUCCGUGACUGCCAGCCUGAGUGACGCCCGGGACGCUCUGGUGAACGCCGUCAUCGACUCUCUCGCAGCUUACCGUUCCUCAGUCCUCAGUAACCAGCAGCCAGGACUCAUGGUUCCUUUCUCUUUGAGACUUUUCCCACUUUUUGUGUUGGCUCUUCUUAAGCAGAAAUCAUUCCAGACUGGAACAAAUGCACGUCUAGAUGAACGCAUUUUUGCUAUGUGUCAAGUGAAAAAUCAGCCCUUGGUGCACCUUAUGCUCACAACACAUCCCAAUUUGUAUAGAGUCGACAAUCUGUCAGAUGAGGGAGCACUCAACAUCAACGAUAGAACCAUACCUCAGCCUCCUAUCCUUCAGCUCUCAGUGGAGAAUUUGAGCAGGGACGGUGCUUUCCUCAUGGAUGGAGGCUCUGUACUGAUGCUUUGGGUUGGAAAAAAUUGUGCACAACAUUUUCUCAGCCAAGUUCUAGGAGUUCAAAACUAUGCAUCAAUUCCACAGAUUGGGACAGACCUUCCAGAGCUUGAUACACCAGAAUCUGCUAGGAUGAUAGCUUUCAUCUCUUGGCUUAGAGAGCAGAGACCAUUUUUCCCAGUACUUUAUAUAAUAAGGGAUGAGAGUCCAAUGAAAGCAAGCUUCCUUCAGAACAUGGUAGAAGACAGAACAGAAUCAGCACUGUCAUAUUAUGAAUUCCUCUUGCAUAUACAACAGCAAGUGAAUAAAUGAAGAAACUUGACUUAGUUACUGCUAAGGAAAUCAUAAUAAUGCAGAAUUCCUGGGAAUGUGUGAUACCUUCCUUUUCUAUUUAAGUUUGUGAACUAAUGUGAUGAUUAAGAUGUUUUCACUGUGAUUUCAUCAAACUACAGCAAAUAAAGGACCACAGCAGUGAAUCAAACGUGCAAUUCCAAAACACUAUUUUUCAAAUCAAACUAUAUCUACAUAUGAUUGGAUACCUUUUUUCCUUUGCUGCCAAUUAUGUUUGAGUUGUUAAGGAUGAAAAUAAGACAAUAUUGCAGAGGCAAAGUACAUUUUGUAAAAUAAAAACUUCUGUGUUCCACAUGUAUAUUUCUCAUUUUUUAUUUUUCUGAAGUUUUGGCUGCUACAUUUAAAACCUCAUAAGAUUAAGUAUUGCAGGGAAGUUAUAGAUCCAUUGAUGAUGAUCUUUUAAAAUCAUAAAAUUAAAAAAUAAAAUCAUAAAAUUUAAAAGUAAAGUAUAGGAUUUCUGGUGAUUGGUUUUUUUGUUUUUGUUCCUUUUUUGAGGAAGGAAAAGGGUGUUAGCUAAAACUAGAGGAAAAUAACUCUAGGUGAGCUUGAGAAUAUGAAGUAAUGUGUUGAAGCUUUACAUUCUGUCAGUAUUCGCUACACAUGAAGAACAAAGUCACGAUUCUAAGGGAAAGCUAUAAUUAGGUGGUUUUCUGAUCGGCAGAAGACUUGAACAUACUGUUUUUUUCUGCAAUGAAAAGAAUUUGAGCUGCCUUCAUAAAUACAUCGGGACUGGCAAUGACAGUAGGGAGAAGAGACAGUAGUCACCUUGAUCCUGUAAGUGGGUUUUUGUUGGGUACAUUUCUGCUCUGUGAUAUGUAAUAAAAGUAUUAUUUUGGUGUAAUGCAGAGGAAUAGAAUAGGUUACAAAUAUCUCAAAUGCAUCAGUGACAUUUUCUAAGGAGUUCAAUAAUUAAAUUGGAAGCCACUCAUAAGAAAUAUUUAUUCUGGGAUAUUACAUCUAUGAAAACAGAUGCUGCUGUUUGACUUGGUGGAUAUUAAGAUUACACAAAUCCAAUUUAUUGAAGUUAUGAAAGAAACUUGAUUCCUGAACAUGCUCACAAGACUGCUUGUAUGAUUCAGCUAGAGAAAUAUAGUCAAAACUAUUACGUGAGUUUUGUUUACAAAUAGGUAGAUUAUACAUCUGUAUAUUUAAAGUGCUGUGAUAUAAUAUCUCUAAAGAGUUUGGCUCAGUUUUUACAGACUCAUAUGAACUUAAGAUGUUGAUGUGUAAUACUUGAUGAAAUGAUUUUUUUAUAGAUUGGAAAACGUGUUUACAAUCUUGGUCUUACGUGAUCACCAAUGAAACAGUAACUUUCAGGUUUACAUCCACGUGGGCUGACUUUUAACUGAGUUGUCUGGGUUGGGGAAGAGGUCCCUGUAGAGUGUUCAACUGCUGCUUGCCAGCUGGGUCCAAGUAAUUGGGUUUAUGAAAAUAUUAUCGCCCUUAAGCAGUGUUAAGAUUUGCUUUCCGUGUGCAAGUGGUACACUGAGCUGGAAGUUUCCUUGAGAGUGGCUUCAUUUAUCGGGAAGUGGUUUUCAGGUUGCACCAAACUAAAUUAUAUUUUCCCCUCUUUUAAGAAACAGAGUCAUUAUGUACUGGUGUUUCUUUAACCAAAAUUUUCUUCUAAAUGUGAUUUUAAAUGUUGAUAUUUGUAGGUCCUUUCUUAAUAGUAGUAAGGACUUCUCCAGAGGGCAACAUUUGUGAUUUUAGGGAUAAUCUUCCUUGUGCCUCACUAUAUCCCUAAGUGGGUAUGAUUCUUGUUAUUACCAUGUGCUUUGCUAGUAUAUUUCACAAAUUUACUUUUAAAAAUUAUUUUAGAUAUUACAUAACAUGUGCAAUCCAGGAUAAUUUUUUAACAGGUCAUAAAAUACAUAACUUUAGUUAUGAUUCACAAUAUUUGUUCUCCAAAUAAAAAAACAAAUGAACCUUUUGGGACUAUUGAUAUAAAACAAUUAUUUUUUGCAAUACUGAAUGUGUUUUUUAGUUUGAUUUUUGGGCGGGGUAGUAAGGCGCUACCUGCCUUAUCAUCCUGUAUUACUUUUUGAUGUAAAGCAACUAAUAUUUACACUAUGCCAUAUUUUUUUUAUCGUAGUUGUAAAUUAUGAAAGAUCCUUGAAUUUUCUACAGAUCUACAACUACUAAAAUAACAGACAAGGGCAAUCUUGGUUAUAUAAGUCUGAGCAUGGCAGUUCUACCAUAAAAAGUACUCUAUUUUUCUAAUUUCUAGAAUUUUUUAAAUAACAUUUCUGUAAGUCUGACAUACUAAUUGAUAGUCACCCAAGCCAUACCAUUUAUUUUAGUUUGCAUAUGCUUUCUCAUUGUUUUUAAUUUAAUGUAAUGUAUUGAGUCUAAUAGACUGUUUUGCAAUAAUUAGAGUAAAAGAUUUAUUUCUUCUAAUCAAAGAUGCAUAACAGCUAUUAUCUAGGGGACCACCAAAUGUGAUUUCAAGAUUUGUUAACUAUUAUGAAUAUAAUCCUUAUAUAGAAAUUUUAAUUUUGUAAAGUAGUGUAUAAUAUUGUAACAUUAAAUUCUUGUUCUCAAAUUCAAAUAUGUAUUGAUCUUCAGUGUGCUGUGUUAAAUCUUGUUCUCUGAAGUGAGACAAGAUUUGUCUUCCUUUUUACGGUUUGUAAUUUUCACUGUUUAUUCCUGUAAAAAAAAAAGUCAUUUGUAACCCAUGCAAACAAUUGUUUGAUCUGUGCUAACUUAUCACUUUGGCUAUUCAAUAAAGUUAAUUGAAAGAGCUUACA